AGGGCUCGGCGGGCCGGGCUGGAUCCCGGGCCGGGCUCCCCCUUCCGUUAGCGAGGGCGGUGCCGAGGGGAGGCCCCCGGAGCCGCGUCGGAGGGAGAGCCGGAGGAGCAUGGCCGGGGCGGAGAGCCGCCGUUCCCCCGCGCCGGGUGAAGAUGUCAAACCAUUUACUCCUGAGAAAGCCAAGGAACUUGUGAUGUCUCUACAGCAACCUGCAGUCUUCUGUAACAUGGCUGGUGACUGGCCAGCCCUACACUGGAACACGAAAUACCUUUCUGUGGUGUUGGAUGGGAAGACGAUCCAGUUUAGGCUAGGUCUGAAGACCGUGGAUUUAGUUCCCCAGUUUGAAACCAAGUGUAGCUAUGUGGAGGCUACACUUGCAGAGUUUUUGGCUUGGAGUUGUGGGCAGCCUCCUUGUCUCUCUGGACCAUUCAGUCGUUACGAGUACUCCAAAUAUUGGGCUUAUGCUGACUACAAAUACAUUGCCAGGAUAUUUGAAGACAAGCCAGAAAUUUUCCAGGAUAUAAGGUGGUCUGACUUUGGUUUUCCUGGAAGAAGUGGGAAAGAGAGCACGCUGUGGAUUGGUUCUGAAGGAGCAAACACCCCCUGCCACUUGGACUCCUACGGCUGCAACUUAGUGUUGCAAGUACAAGGAAGGAAGAGAUGGCACCUCUUCCCACCUGGUGACACCAGUUUCCUUUAUCCCACCAGGAUCCCUUAUGAGGAAUCCAGCAUAUUCAGCAAAGUCAAUGUUGCCAACCCUGAUCUGAAACACUUUCCUGAGUUUAGGAACGCAACAGCCCAUGUGGUUACGCUCAGCCCGGGACAGGUCCUGCUCGUUCCAAGGCACUGGUGGCACUAUGUGGAAUCCAUUGAUCCCAUCACUGUCAGCAUAAAUUCUUGGAUUGAACUGGAUGCAGAUCACGAAGCCCGUGUAGAAGAAGCAAUAACCCGAAUGCUGGUGUGUGCCGUAAAAUUGGCAGAAAACCCCAGCGAUGGAGAUCUCUGGCUAAAUCCCACAGAGGUUGAGGCAACGUCCCAUGAAAUCAAUCUUCAGUACCUGAACGAAGCAGUGUCUGCGUAUUUCAGGUGUCAGAAGGCAGGUGUGCCCGGGCAGGCCCGUCCCAGCAGCGCGGCUGCGGAGCAGAGGACAAGCGCCUCACGCAAGAGGAAGAAAAGGGAAGUUGGCCGCGAACCAGGGGACCACAGAUCGCUAAACCAGGAAUUGGGCUUUUCAACACUUCAAGCAGAAAAGUUGCAGGAAAUACCUUUUGGGCCUCAUCUUAUUCAGGUUUUACCAGAGUCUCAAGAAACAAGCUUGAUGGGUGCGGCUGCGGUCGAAAGUGACGGUAGUGAUCUUCUCCGUGAAAAUGAAGGAGGGCAUUUUGGGAAAUUACACUGCACCAGGAAGCAAUUGGUAACGAGUAACGACUACGGAACGCCUGCGCAUCAAACGGGUACAGACGGCAGUCCAAAUGCCUCACAGACAGCCCUUUCUACCAACGAUUUGCUGGACUGUUUGGUUAAUCCGCGUGUCAUCAGUCUAGUGGCUCGGCUGCUGCUGGAGAGAACAAGAGUUUAGUGCCAGGGCGCUUUAUCAUUUCUGAAUAAAGAAAUCAAAUGGCAGCCUUGUUCUGGGUGUUUAGGCUCAGCAAUAAUUGAAUGUUUCAUUUCAAAUAAUUUUUCGGUACAGACGGAUACAGUUAAUGGUGAAGUGGCAGGUUGAAGUUGAGCUGAAAGAAGAAUAACGGGUUAAUGAUGGCUGGGAAGAGAAAGGUGUGUUUAGUCAGAGAGCUCCUCGGUGUUACAAACAAAACAGAGGGCAUGCAGUUAUAAUCCCACCUCGUUGUGUGGAUGGGAUCCUUAAAAUGUUCUACGGCUCUGAGCAUGGGCUGGGGACAGCAGGCUCUGCAUUGCAGGGGGUAACAGCACGGGCUGUGAUUCCUCCUGGAUUAAGUUUACUAGACCUAAACUGCCAGGGUGAGGAGGUCGGUGUCAUUUUCUUGCAGGGGUUUCUUGGUUUGUUGUUUGGUUUUGUUUUUUUUUUCCCCAAUAUAUUUUAUUUAUUUUAAAGUGCAGCAGCCUAACUACUGACUGACAGCUUUGGUCUGAGCACCCUCACUGCCCCCGGAACCAGGCAAACCAGCUCUGGCCUCAGGGCAUCCCUCUCGACAAGGGUGAAUCCUGAAAGCAGACAUCACUAGGAAUGGAUGUGGCUUGGCCGAAUCGAGGAGAUACUGCAGGACUUCAUGCUUUGCAGCUGGGGUCGGAAGUGGAAAGCAGACUUAGUGAUAGAUGUGUUUGAUCUAUGUCUACGUUUAAGUAAUAGACUCAAUUCAUCCCCACAGGCACGGGGAUUGCAGUUUGCACCUUCCCGAGAGGAAGGCUCGUCCCAGCAGAAAGAUUGGUGCUCAGGGUAAGAGGCAUCCAGAGUCACUGAACCCCGCACUUGCUCACACACCUCCGCUGCCAAAGCUGGUCAUCAGCUGGAGGGCUGAAAAAGCACUUUUGUGCUGUCCUUCAUCAUUGGCCUUCCCAGGGCUGGGGAGAUGCAGGGUGGCAUCGCUACUGAAACAAGCGUGGCUUGACGAGGGACUCGGGAGGCGGUAACAGAGCAGAGGGGGGCUAAGGGUGGGAGGAGGUAGACUGACUUACUGUGGACUGCAGCCCUUGACCACAUCACGUAAAAUAGUAAAUAAGUGAUCGGUUGGAUCACUUCAGAAAUAAACCUCAAAUAAACCUCAGCCAAGAGGUGCUGCACGCACUACUGCAGUUACUUCUUUCCACAAAAUAGCGUGAGUUUUGUCACAAAGCUCUAGGAGGGAGCGAGACAAAAGC